GAAGGCGAGGACGGAUGAACGUACCCGGCGAUAAGAGAUUAUCGGUUCUGCAUUCUCGCAAAGCUUCUCUACGAGGACUUGAGGAACGCAGACUUCACAGAAAAACGGCGAUGAGGCGGAGAUGUUUUGCACGAGCCGGAUAGAAAGGCGGGCAGGAGUACGCUCGAAGGUUCUGCCGGAGAAACAUCGGCCACAGCUUACACGUAGUACACUAUACUACUACUUUUGUUUUACAGUCUUGUGUUACAAUAAGAAAGUCGAGACUUCUACUGGAAGACGAUGUGUGAUAGUUUUUCUUAGAUCAACUGACGGCUUACCAUUCUGGAUAUUUGGUACCGUCUUGGUUGCAAUGAGCGCCGAACAAAACGUCGAUGCUCCCAGGCGUUACGAGCAGGUUCCGGCGGCGGAAGGACCGCUAGAGGAACACGAAGUCGACAGCGAGUACCUGUGCGGCCUAAGGAACUAUAGGCCCUGCUGGAUGCAAAAGUUCGCCACGUCCAGAUACUUCGCGCUCGUCUUCGGGGUGCUGGGAAUCUUCCAGGGGGCCCUGCGAACCUACCUGGUGGGUACACUGUCCACGGUCGAGAAGCGAUUCUCGAUGUCCGGCCGCCUGUCCAGCAUCGUCAUGAUAGCGGACAACAUCAGCCCCAUCUUGGCCACUCUGGUGCUCGCGGUGUGGCUACGGCGGACGAGUAAGCCUAACUGGGUCGCCGGCGGAAUGUUGCUGUCGGUCUUGGGAGCGGUGUCUUGCUGCCUGCCUUACGGAAUCCACGGCAAAGGGACGCACCUGCUCGGAGACACGGGUCAGCCUGGAAACGCGCUGCGGACGCAGUUUUGCGGCGAUGCGAACGUGGACGUUCUGUGCGCGGACGGGACGGGCGACGGCGUCUCGUUGGGCCCCCUGAUGUUCUUGUUUGUAGGGAAUUUCCUGAACGGGCUGGGAGGAACUGCGUACUACGUAAUCGGCACAACCUAUAUGGAUGACAACGUGAAGAAAAAAAACUCGGCGCUCUAUUUUGGGUCGGUGUUUGCCUUCCGUCUCAUGGGGCCGGUGGUCGGAUUUUUUCUAUCAUCGUUCUGUCUGAGCUAUCCCGAAGACCCGCAUGAGAACGCAGAAAUGGGUCAGGAUGACCCACGCUGGAUCGGGGCCUGGUGGAUGGGCUACCUGAUUAUUGGAACGGGCAUCUUUCUGAGCACGCUGCCCAUGUUCUUCUUCCCCAAGAAGAUACGGCCCAAGGCGGAAGCCAACAAGAUCGAUACAACUGAGACAAAGGACAAGAGCAUCAAGGAUGACGCUGAAGAAACUUGGCAGGUGCUACACAGGCUUUCCAGAAAUCCAAUCUAUGUCUUCAGAACCAUCGCGACUAUCACCGCUGUUUUUGGCCUGGCAGGCUACUACAUUUCAUUUCCCAAAUAUACAGAACACCAGUUCUCACAGACAGCAUCGCAGGCUAGUCUGAUAGCAGGUCCAACGUACAUCGUGUCUAAUGUGAUCGGCACCAUUCUGGGCUCCGUUUUCGUCCACAAGGUCAAGCCGAGGCCGCGGAUUGUAGCCAUCCAUGGCCUAGUCGUCACGCUGAUAUCAGUCGUUGGCAUCCUGGCUCUCAUGGCAGUAAGCUGCGGCUCCAUUCAGUAUCCGGUGAUCCGGGACGACAAAGAACGGCUGACGAUUGAGAACCGCUGCAGCAUAGAUUGCGAUUGUUCCACGAGCAUUCAUCAUCCUGUCUGCGACCUAGAUACCGGCACUCAAUACUUCUCGGCCUGCUUCGCGGGGUGCAAGCCAGAGCCAUUCAAUACUACGGAAUAUAGGGAUUGCGUGUGCCUGCAGUCUGAACCAGGAAUGGACAAGUUUUCCAGAGGGCAUGUCAAAAAUGGAAAAUGCGAACAGGACUGCAUGGGAGCCAUGAUGGCAUUCGCCGGAGUGUUGUUCUUCAUCCAGAUCGCACUGUCUAGCGCAAACGUCGGCUCCACCCUCCUGCUUCUCAGAGCCGUGGAUCCUAAGGACAAGAGCAUCGCUCUCACAACGAAUGCAUUUUUCUUAAACAUUCUCGCUUUCAUACCGUACCCUCUCAUCUAUGGGGCAGUCAUCGACGCCUCGUGCAUUGUGUGGGAAGACCGCUGCGGAGAGAGUGGCGCCUGCUGGAUCUACGACCUCCAGAAGCUCCGCUACCUCAUCCACGGGGUGACGACGCUGGUGCUCGUCGUCAGCUGCCUCUUUCAGGUUGCCGUCAUCUACUACAGCAAAACUAUGAAGAAUUUUUACGACGAAGACGAGACCGAUCCUCCGGCCGCCAGGGCUGCCGGGGAACCCCUGCGAGGAACACUCGAAAUUCGCGAACCUGAUCCUCGAAAACCGAAACGCAGAUUAAAUUCCUCUGACAGCAGUUGGGAAUUUCGAAACUUGAACGAAGCGGGUGACGAAGAUGGUUCGCUUCCGACAUAGUUUGUUUCUAUACCCGCGUGGUUCGCGGUGCCUCUACUAAAAUCGUUUUUGCAUCUUCAA